GCCAGCAGCUUCCCCUUGCGUGCGCUGCGAGUCUCUCUCGGGCUAAGGCUCCGGCCCCGCCUCCCUUGCUCUUGCCUGAGUCUCGCAUUGGCCAGCGGGUGCGUCACUCUCAGGCUGGACCCAUCUCGCGCUCCCCAUUCAUGCAGUUUGGUUGCGUGUUGGUGUAUUUUACUGUUUGCAAUAAAGAGGGGGGGAUUUUUUUUUUUGUUCAGUUUCUGCUGCAAUUAACUCUUGGUCCCUUAUAAAAUUUUUUUUGGCAAUUUUGAAGAACGGUUGAAACAGUUUUUUGUUUUGUGAUUGCAUUUAUUUUUAAUAGAUCUCUUAUCUAUUUUGCAAUCAACUAUUAAGGUGCAACUAUGCCCAAAAGAAAGGCUGCAGCUGAAGGCGAGGUGAAGGAGGAGCCAAAAAGAAGGUCAGCUAGAUUAUCAGCUAAACCUGCUCCACCUAAACCGGAGCCAAAGCCCAAAAAGGCAGCACCUAAGCAGAAAGAGAAGGCAGCAAAUGAUAAAAAGGAGGACAAAAAGGCAGCAGCAAAAGGGAAGAAGGGAGCCAAAGGCAAAGAUGAAACUAAGCAAGAUGAUGCUAAAGAAGAAAACCACUCUGAAAAUGGAGAUACCAAAACUAAUGAGGCACCAGCUGCUGAAGCAUCCGAUGAUAAGGAAGCCAAGUCCGAGUAAUGUUAACCUUGCCCUAUAUCUCCAUCAUCUGGUAUCCAUACCUCCAUGCUGUAUUGUUAACAGAGAGGAAUAUUUUUAUCAACUAUUUUAUAAAUGCAGGUUUUUUUAGCAUGAAUUUAAUUAUGGAACAUCUUCAUCUCGGUUACUUGGGAAUUAAAUCCCUAACAAAACAAAACAAAAAAAAAUCAUUGUUUUUAAAUUUUGUGAUUGUAAUAGUUUGUAUGGUACAUGGAAAGAAUAAGUGGUGGUAGCUUUCGACUUCUGUCAGUGUGUCCCUUUUUGUGUAAGUCAUGCUUACAGACUUCAGAUUUUAAUUUUACCCUUGUAUGUGUUGUAUGGUUUCUUAAAGUGGGGAGGUCUCAAAACAAAUAACUGCGUUAAACAUUCCAGUGGUUCUGUGGGUUGCUUUUAUAAAGAAGGUGAGAUAUUUUCAUGAAAAUCCUAGGAGCUGGAAAUCUGUUUCCCAAAUGUAACUUUAUUUUGUCAGUUUUGGAGAAAAAAAAUAAAGUGUAAUCAUGUUUUUAAAUGAAAUACAAACAUUUCUUUUAAAAGGACAGGUUGGUUGUAUGUACCCACUGUUAGGAAUUUUGCUGGAUUUAUCUUAAUAAAAAAGACUCCUCGAAAGUUGA